AUGGCGGUGAGAUCUCAUGUUUAUGGCGACUCCAACGGAGGGCCGGAAGAGGCUGAAAACAACCUUGCAAGCUCACUACUUGCUACUGGUUUCGGUUUUGGAGGGGCUACUGGUUGGGCUGAGGAGGGCUGGACACGGCGAGGGGACGGUGAAGGCAAUUGGCGGCCAGCCGUUCCAUCCUGGGAGAAAGAGUUCUGCAGAUCUGUAGGGUCAGUUCCCUGGAAAAAGCUUGUGGAAGCAAAGCGGUACAUGUGCAUAUAUGAUAAAGUGCUUAAGUGGGACGACUCAGCAGUCGAGGAGGCGUUUCGCAACGCAAAGGAACGGUUCUGGGCAGGGAUCAACGGAAUCCCAUGCAGCAUCGCUUUGCCCGAUCCAAAUCUCUUCAUCGAUGAAGUAGACUGGGCAUCCAAAGUAGACCCCGAGCUGCUUUGCGACUUGGAGCGAGGGCCUGAGGCCCUCGAUGGCGGCAAUAAUAAUAGCAAUAAUAGCGGGACCAUUAUCUUCGGUGAUGUCUUAGCAGAUCCAUGGGCGAGUACUCACGAGGAUCCCGAUCGAAGAGACGGCCAUAAAUUCAAGAGCGGCCUAGAUAUUGUCUACGACAAUUGGGAUACGUGGGAUUGGGGUGACCCAAAUGGGGAACUUGAACCUGCUAGGUCCUAUGUUAGCAGACACAAGUCCAUAAGAUUUCGCAGGGAUAACAAUAGAAUGGAUUACAGAUGGAACUGUGGGAAGGGGUGA